UUCACUGUCCACAUGCCAAACAUCCACCUGUAGAAUCUGGCUUUUUUGGUAGCUGACAAUUCCACACUCCCUCCCUCCCUCCCCCUCUCCCUCUCCCUCUCCUUCCUUCACGACAACACCCUCACGUACCCACACUGCCCUCUCUCCUCCAUCUCUAAACCAUCACUUUAUUAUAUAUACCAUCCUCCACUCUAACCUUAAAAGAGGAAGUACUUGAAGCAGAAGAUUAAAAUAUAUAUAGAUUACUGUAUCAGCCACAGAGAUAUUCGUUACUGUGUCUCAAGAUCAGCAGAGAAGCCUGAGCUCUGCUUUCUGGACAACAGUGCAUGCCUUUCCUGGCCCGGAAGUGGGACUCAUAAAACUAGAAUUUCUCUGUCAGCAACUUCUGGUAGUUCUUGAUCAGGGGUGUGGAAGAGAAGUUGUCCGGCAAUUACGGGUAUUUUCAUCAAUUAGUAUUCUUCUUGAGCUCCCUAGAAAUGAGUCAGACGCGUUUACAACCGAAUCAUGACCCGGCCAAAAAACUUGGACUGUUCGCUCUCCCUGAAAAAACCUGCGAGGUAAUUUCAUAUCUCACGAGAAUGUGUCUCCUCUUUUGUCUCAUUUCCUCAAUAUCUCUCGUCCUCUACACCACUUUUUUCUCCAGCAACCAAACCCAAUUCUGGCCCCCCUUUCCCCACCCGACCCGAACCGAAACCCAACUCAGAUCCAGCCAGCACACAAACAUCUUCCACAUCCUUUUUUGCAUCGGUGGAUCAACCGCAACGUGGCACGAUCGUAGCCGUUAUAGCUCUAUAUGGUGGGUCCCAAAUGUUACGCGAGGGUUUGUUUGGCUUGACCAAGAAACCAACAGUACCUGGACCAAUAAGAACGUGCCAGCUGUCAUGGUGUCAUCUCGAGAGUGGACUCGGUUUAAAUUUUCUAGUUCAAGAUCAGCGGUCAGGAUUGCUAGGGUCAUUAGUGAUAGCGUCAAAUUACGGUUGCCUCGUGUGAGGUGGUUUGUGAUGGGAGAUGAUGACACGGUGUAUUACACUGACAACCUAGUUUCAGUGUUGUCGAGGUACGAUCAUAAUCAAAUGUGGUACAUUGGAGGUAACUCUGAGAGUGUGGAACAGGAUGUGAGGCAUUCAUAUGAUAUGGCUUUUGGUGGGGGUGGAUUUGCUCUUAGUUAUCCAUUGGCUGAGAGAUUGGUCAGCAUGUUGGACGGUUGUCUUGAUAGGUAUUAUUAUUUCUACGGUUCUGAUCAGAGGAUCUGGGCUUGUAUAAGUGAGAUUGGCGUGCCGCUAACAAGAGAACCUGGAUUUCACCAGUUUGAUAUUAGAGGAAGUGUGUAUGGUCUCCUAGCAGCACAUCCUCUAGCCCCUCUUGUAUCGCUCCACCACCUUGACAAUUUGGAGCCGUUGUUUCCCAAUCACAGCCGAAUAGACUCCCUCAAAACAAUAAACCGGGCAUACCAGGCUGACCCGCCCCGAAUUUUUCAACAAACAUUCUGUCACGACUACAAGCGGAAAUGGUCAGUAUCCAUCGCAUGGGGCUACACAGUUCAGCUGUACACCUUAUUGUUGCCUGCCAAGGACUUGCAAACGCCAGUACGGACGUUCAAGACGUGGCGGAGUUGGAGCGAUGGACCAUUCACAUUCAAUACCCGACCCACGGAGGCUGACCAUUGUAAACAGCCCAUUGUUUUUAUGCUUGAGCAGGCUAAGGAAGUGGGCAUUAAUGGAUCCUUGACUAGUUACACGAGGAUAGCGCAUAAGCCAGGGAAGACUUGUGAUACAGCAAGCUAUGCCCAAGCAAUGUCAGUGCAGAGAAUUCUUGUAUCUUCCUUGAAGGUGGGGCCCGAUUAUUGGAAAAAGGCACCAAGAAGAUACUGCUGCGAGUUAAUGAAUAAAGGGAGCAUAAAGAAGAGCAGUAUGCAGAUUAGGAUUAGGAAAUGCAGGGACUGGGAAACUGUUACUUCCAGUCCAUACCUACACUUGCCACAAUGGAAUUAUUAGAGGUGAAGAGGUUUGAAAAAGAGAAUGCCCAAGAAAGCGAAAGCAACUAGACUGCAGAAAGUAUGGUGAUAUAGCACCAUCCAAGAAAUAAGUGCAAGAUUUCCACACAACCUAAGGAUAAAAUAUAAGAUUCUGCACCAGCUCCAUUCCUAAAAGUCAUCAACAUAAUCAAUUGAAGACUUCUCUGACGUUGAACGAUACAAGCUGCUUCAUGUGGGUGGAGCUUCCACUCUACACGAGGCAGAGAAGGACUAAUUGGAAUUCAUUUGAAUGCAGCUGAAUAUGCCAAGAACCACCAAAGGGAGAUAAAAGGUGAAAGGAAAGCAUUUAGCAACUUUUCAAUGAUGUAAAGUUGAAUAUAAAUGCCACUCGGUGACUUAUGCAAUAAUCGGAUUGAAACAUAACUCGAGAUGGUUA